AUGCGCGCGCCCUUCCUCCGCUUCAGAACUACGGCGCCCGGCAUGCCUCGCGCGGGCUCAGGGAAGCGCUUCCGGCUGGGCCAGGGCCUCGGUGGUAAACAACCAGAUUCCGCUUGGAGCCCAGGCUGGAGAUUUGCGCAGCCGAGCCCCCCCAAGGAGGCCGAGGCCAUGUCCCUCUCCGAGUGCUACAUUGCGGUCAAGCUGGCCGACCAGCCCUUGGCUCCCAAAUCCAUCCUGAGGUUGCCGGAGACGGAGCUGGGGGAGUGUCCCCUGGGCGGCUGCAGCAUCUCCUACCUCAAGCAGCUCAUCACCGGGAAACUACAAGAGUCUGUUCCUGACCCAGAGCUCAUCGACCUGAUCUAUUGUGGUCGGAAGCUGCGGGACGACCAAACGCUGGAAUUCUACGGCAUCCAGUCGGGCUCCACGGUCCACGUCCUCCGAAAGUCGUGGCCGGAACCAGAACAGAAACCAGAACCCGUGGACAAAGUGGCGGCCGUGAGGGAGUUCCGGGUUCUGCACACCGCUUUGCACAGCAGCCCCGUCUUCAGAGACUCGGUCUUCAAGAUGCUGGGAAACAAGGAAUCCCUGGAUCAGAUUAUAGUCGCUACGCCCGGACUGAGCAGUGACCCCAUUGCGUUGGGCGUCUUGCAGGAUAAAGACCUCUUCUCUGUGUUUGCUGACCCCACCAUGCUGGACACGCUCAUCCCGACCCACCCGGCCUUGGUGAACGCCAUCAUCCUGGUCCUGCACUCGGUGGCCGGAAGCACCCCCUUGCCCACCGGGGAGAGCUCCUCGCGCAGCAGCGGCAGCGGCAGUGGCGGGCCUUCCGGCUCCUUCCGGGACAUGCCGGGUGGCUUUCUGUUUGAAGGUCUUUCGGACGAUGAAGAUGAUUUCCACCAGAGCACCAGGUCCACUCCUUCCAGCAGCACUUCCGGCUCCCGCCCGGCCUCCCUCGGCUACACGGGAGCGGCAGGACCCCGGCCCAUCACGCAGAGCGAACUGGCGACCGCCCUGGCCCUGGCCAGCACCCCCGAAAGCAGCUCCCACACCCCGACCCCCGGGACACAGGGACAUUCUUCGGGCACGUCCCCAAUGUCCUCCAGCGUCCAGUCGGGAACGCCCAUCACCAACGACCUCUUCAGCCAGGCCUUGCAACAUGCCCUGCAGGCCUUCGGGCACGUCCCCAAUGUCCUCCAGCGUCCAGUCGGGAACGCCCAUCACCAACGACCUCUUCAGCCAGGCCUUGCAACAUGCCCUGCAGGCCUCCGGGCAGCCAAACCUGCAGAGCCAGUGGCAGCCUCAGUUGCAGCAGCUGCGAGACAUGGGCAUCCAUGACGACGAGCUGAGCCUCCGCGCCUUGCAGGCCACCGGAGGGGACAUCCAGGCUGCCCUGGAGCUCAUCUUUGCCGGAGGAGCCCCGUAGCACCCCCCUUCCUCCCCUUCCUGCCUCAAGAGGUUCCCCYGAAGACCCUCCUGCCCAUGCCUUGGAUGCUGCUUGGUGGUGCCGCUCUGCCCUAUUCUCUCCCUUGCCAAAAUGCCCGGAGUCUCCAUCAUCGUGGCUACGCUUCCUCAUUUCGCUAGGACGGGAAAGCCUUUAGAGUUGGAACGAUAUCAACGGUAACAAAAGCAACACGAUAGUUCUCUCAUCGGGCUGGAGCACAAAAGACGGCCUGCUAAAGGAGGGCUUGAGGCAGCUGCAGAGAAAUGCCUGUUCCUUCAAGGCCUCACGCAACCCGCUUGCUUCCAGUAUCACUUUGUGGCUCUCCAAGCCUCGGCCGCUUUUGUCCAGCUCAUUAAAGCCUUCCUGUCCCUUC